GCUUUUACCUUUCCUCCGUCUCUGUGCCACCUAAAGCUAUAAACUGGCCGAUCGAUUGGCGGUGAAGUGAAGCUCUUCGGGCAGAAAAAGCUCGCCUAUCGGCCAUCUCCGGAGAGUGAAUGAUAAAGCAUCUGCUAUUCAGGGCUGAUUUCUUUUAACAAUUCCAUGGAAGAAGAAGGAUCCAUGGAUAAGGAAGAAUCGAGGAGGAGGAGGAUAGGGAAAGAAGGCGAUGUGAGGGAAGGGGUUGCAUCGAUAGCAUUGCUGCCUUCUGGUUCUAUCUCAGGGCACUUUGUUCAACUUCCUCAUUCUGUUUGCUUCGGUCUCCAUGGCACUGAGCUAGCGUGUGAAAGGGAAUGCAGCAGGGGUGAAGAUUACCGUUUAAUCAAGCUCACAAUUACGGACUACAGUAGCAAGGCAGAACGAAAUGUGGUAGUGGAAUGUAGAGGGCAUGAUGCUGCUCGGUUUUGUAACAUUGAUCAUGCUCAUGGAUGGGAGACGGAUGUUGUGGGUAUGGUUGAACAGGAGCAUGGAAAAAGUAAAAUUUUAAUUUCCUUUGAAUGUGAGACUCUGAAAUCUGAGAAAGCGGCUGAAGACCAUAUCAAGCAGUUCAUGCCCAAAUUAGCGGGGAUGGAUGCUAUUGGAUGUUUGAAUUUGCAGUUAAUGUAGGCCGGAUGAGCAUUGCCGGCUUGGACUUUGAAGCUGAAGCAGAAGAGCACAUUCAGCAGACUAUAUAAAUUUUAGAAUCCCUUUGUCUUUGUCAUGCUGGACUUGGUUAUAAUCCCUCUAAUUUUGAAAACUCUUUCGCACCUUCAUCCCAAUACAAUUCUGUUUUGUAUAGCCUUGUUGCCUGGGCAGUAUUACUUGAUUAAUUAAAGCUUCCAAUGGCUUUGCCUAUUUCCUCUAUUA